UACUUAGAUAUCCCUACUGCCGUAUGUCUUAAUAAUAUAUAUGCUGAUAAUCGUUGAGUAAUCAUUCAAACGGUUGGCUGUAUUCAGCCAACGUUCCUACCACGUUUAAAUUACCAGUUCUCGUCCAAUCAUUGAAGUUGACUGUAUGCUGAAAGAAUAGACGGACAGGCUGAUUGACUGAUUUUCAAUUCGCCUGUUGUCGAUGAGGGUCUAUGAAAAAAAUCGAUUGUUAUUUAGUGAAAUUGUCAACUUAUCUUGAAUUAAUUUAUUUCAACAUAUUUGCGACAUGCGGAAGACACAUUCAUUCAUUGUUUUCUUUUUAAUCGUGGUGUUCUCUACUUGUUGUUUGGCUGUCAAUCAGACUUUUGUGAAUACAAUAAAAACAAAACUUAAAAUACUUGGUGUCUUCGGUCAUCCUGGCAAGAGUCAUUUUGAUGUGUUCAAGCCUCUUCUAGAAGAACUAGCUCGAAGAGGUCACGAGCUCACUGUGAUCUCGUAUUUUCCUAGAACCGAUAAUGCUAAGGUGAAAGAGCCAUUGCCCAAUUACAAGGACAUCAGCCUGGUGAUUCCCAAAGACGGUAUCUUUGUAAACGUUAUAGAUCUUCAACAGAUCAACCAUGGAUGGUAUCGUCCCAUGCUGAAUCUCUACAUGUUGAGGAUCAUGGCAGAUUACUCGUGCAGUACCGGUCUGCGAAGUUCGAGUGUCAAAAAGUUUCUUCAAUCCGACGAAAAAUUUGAUUUAAUUCUCACAGAAAAUUUCAACACCGAUUGUUUUUUGGGUUUUAUUCAUCGUUUUAAGGCGCCAUAUAUGGCCUUAUCAUCGCAUCAAAUCAUGCCGUGGACUAACAGUGACAUGGCUAAUACUGAUAAUCCCAGUUACAUCCCGAUUACAUUACUUGGAUUAAUUAAACCUCUAGAUUUCUUCAGUCGAAUAAAAAAUGCAUUAUGGCUGUUUUUGUCUAAAGCGAUUUAUGAAUAUUACUUCCGAUCUGUCGAUCAAGUUGUCGCCAAUGAAGUCUUCGGUCCGGAUCUUCCUAAGUUGAAAGAAAUCGCCCUGCAAUCGCAAGCGUUAUUGGUGAAUACCCACAGUAGCAUUUAUGGCAGCAGGCCUCAGUUGCCGAAUGUGAUAGAAAUUGGUGGACUUCACAUUCCGUCUAGAGUCAAUCCGCUACCGAAGGACGUAGCUGAAUUUCUUGACAGCGCCCAUGAAGGAGUGCUGUAUUUCAAUUUAGGCUCCAUGAUUAAGAUGUCAUCGAUACCACAGGAGAAGUUGAAUAUUAUAUUAAAGGUGAUUGGCUCUAUACCGCGGAAAAUGAUUUUGAAAUGGGAGACUGAUGAACUACCGCGCAAGCUGGAUAACGUUAUGGUCAGAAAGUGGCUGCCUCAGUUCGACGUAAUGAAUCAUCGGAAUGUUAAAUGUUAUUUUGGUCAUGGCGGACUUCUCGGUCUCUCGGAGAGUGUUUACGUAGGUCUACCAAUGAUUUUAAUGCCGAUAUACGGUGAUCAGUUUCAUAAUUCUGCUGCUGUAGAGACCAGAGGUGCUGCGGUAGUGGUUGCAUACGACGAUUUAACCGAAGAAACAUUAAAAAGUGCUCUAGACAAAGUUUUUAAUGAUACCAGUUACCAUGAGAAUGCCCAACGGCUUUCGAAAGCUUAUCGUGAUCGACCUACCACGCCGAUGGAGACGGCAAUAUGGUGGACGGAAUACAUCGCCCGGGGCAAUGGCAGAUUUUACUUUCGUAGUGACAGCACGGGUUUAUUCUGGUACCAGCGUCAUCUUGUCGAUAUAACACUUGUUUUGAUUAUCAUCUCCAUGAUGUUCAUAUACAUCCUCUUCCGGUUGAUUAAACUGCUAUUGACGUUGUUCAGAUACUUCAAAAGAACAUCUAGAAAUCAGGUCGGGGAAAAGAGAAAGUUGAAGAAGGACAACUGAUUAUGUUGUAUUAUUGUAAAAUAUCGGCUGCGUUCAGAGAAAACAAUUCUUCAAUAUGAUUGGUUUAUACAUUUAGAUCUAUAAGGAACCAAAAGCAAGAACCAAUCGUAUUGAAGAAUUUUACAACAGUUGCAAAAUUGCUUUCUCUGCUGAACACAGCCAAUUGUGUCGAUAUGAAAGCGAUUUUUUGAGAUAAAAAAUAGGAGAGAACGUGAUCUUUCACAUCAAAUUACGGGCAAAUUUUGGAAACGGAAUGAUAUUCAAAUUUCGAAUAGAAAUAAAUCGAUUAAUGCGAAAAAUCCAUUUAGUAAAAAAUUUGUUGGAGAAAAUAAACUCUUGCGGUCAUUUGUGAUUAGCCCUCCUAUAGUAAAAGGGAUCAGAUGUGACCUUCAGUUUUGUCCAUUUUGCAAAAUACAUGAGCAGUUUAACAGAGAAAGAAG